UGCCACCCGUUGUCAUCAAAUUAUCGGGUAGUUAGAGUAUUUGCCUCGUUUUAGCUCAGACCUGUAGUCGUGUUUACAAGUACAUGUAGUAUGGCGAAGUCCGCAGAAGUAACACUGGCGGAGAUUAAACUCUUUAAACAUGAUGGAGGAACUACAAAUGGAGCGGUCAUAUUACCUUCAGGACAAAUGAAAUAUUCUCUUCUCGUAUUUCUUCGGAAUUUUGCAUGAAUAGGGUGUCAGCUGAAAAUGCAGGCCUUAUCUCCUUUAGCGGACAAGCUUAAGGAGCAUCACACACGGCUUGUGUUUGUCGGCUCGUCCACUGUGGACCAGAUGGAGGAAUUCAUGCGCAGUCCAACGGUCCUUAUGUCUGGCGAACUAUACUCGGACCCCACUACUUCCCUUUACAAAACAUUCCACAUGAAGAGAGGGCGAUUUCGCUCACUUGUCAUGCCGAUUUGGAACAGCGUGUCGAGAUAUGGAUGGAGCGGGGCUGUGGAAGGAGUAAAACUGGGUUUGGAAACAUCGCACCUUGCAGGGGACUCUUGGAUACAAGGGGGUACUAUUUUAUUGGAUCAAGAUGGAAAUAUUUUGUAUCAGCACCAGGAAGAGCACCCUGCAGACUGGCCCGAUAUGACUGAGGUAUUACGAGUGGUUGGCCUCACUGAAGUACCUGUGGAUUACGAUAGAGCUGUUUCCGAAUGGAUGCAUGCAAGACAAAACGCUCGAAAAUAGCACAGAUAUAUGAUGAAUAAAGUGUUUAUUUGUUGUCCGACGGUUCGAUGAAAUGAUGACGAACUUUGUGUUAAAUGUUUGUAAAAGCGAACCGAAGUUCUGAGUUAACAUUAUUCAACACGCAGACGUACACAUGUGAACUUUUAUUUUCAUUUUAUCAAAGCGAUUUUUGUGGUGUUGUUUUUAUGUAACCAAACAGGCAUUUAACUAUAGAAUCAUGUGCAUAUAUUUACAUUUAUAUGUAAAUAUUAUUGAUUCGCUAUUUUUUUUCCUACAAAUAUUCACUAUUUUCUACAUUUUAACUUUAAAAUUAAACGGUUUUAAAUUGA